CUGCGUGUGACGACGGCAAGGUCAAGAUCGAUGACGUCAACGCCAUGUGUUGACGUCAACAGCUGCGACAACUGCUGUCGGCAACUCACCUGCGAUGACGAAAUACCCACCUGUGACGACGGACAGUUACGGUACGAUGAGGUGGGCCUAUCCGGUGGGCUGUGCCUACAACGCCGCCGGUGUUUAGGAGGGAACUGCGGACCGGGGUACUUGGUGUCGGGUGAGGUCAACUGCACCGGCGCUUUUGGGACGAGUGCACUCUGUGACAACUGCUGUGAACAACUAUUCUGUGGCACUGAUCGCGUAUGCAACCUGACCCUUGGCGAGGUGGUGGAUGCUGAUGACGGCAGUCCUUGCACCUCAGACGAUUGCGCGAGCUGUUGCAGACAACUGACUUGUGCUGACGAUGGCCUGACAUGCACACCUGGGCAAAUUCAUAAUAUAAACGACGACUGUGAGGAUGGUGAUUGUUCUAAUUGCUGUGAAGAUCAUCUGUGUAUAGAAUGCGAUAAUGAGGACCAGCAGUCGUCUGGCGAUCCGUUCUGUACGGAUGAACUCUGCUCUAAUUGGUGA